CUGUACAGCUGGGAUUGUUAGUGAUAUAUUUUUCCAACAGAGGGCGAAUCAAACAUUUCACCAACGAAGGCACAUUCGUAUAAUAACUAUUAAAUAAGACUGACUCUCAGAGCAAGUUGGUUAUUUACUUAAGCGGGUUAUUUGAGCUCCCUGUUCCCCGCUAAUGCACUAAAGAUCUAAAUCUCUCGCGACUUGUUGCGAUUAUCUCGUGAUCUCACGAGAACAUUCAACGCUUUUGUUGUUGAUCUCCAGGAAACGCAACAGCUUCGAUCAAACACUUUUUCACAUUUCUAUUGGCAGGGACGAUCGAUCGUUGACAACGAAAUUGACAACCCCUUUAUUUAUUGCUCUUAAUACAUUUGCGUCAGUGAUUCUCUUCCUCGCGCGCAUUGCUUCUUCGUCUUCCCGGAAAAAUCCACAGCAAGAGUUUUUAAUCCACUCGCGGAGCCGCACGGAGGCCUUUCUGUGGCGCACCAUGCUCGUGUGCAUGUGAAAAAAGUAUUUAAUUUCUUUGCAUUUUAGUUGACGUUUAUUUUGAGGCUUAAAUUAAGUUUACAAAUGCCAGGUGUGCGCGAGAUCGGGUUGCUGGGCGCCGCGCUCGCGCUGACGGGAGGAGUCGCGUGCGCUGUGUGCUAUCUGAUGCACAAAACACAAGAACCCAAGAAAAGAGGGAAAGAGGACGAACGCAAACAAGAACAAGUGCGUAAAUCGACCAGAACCAAAAAUGCAUUAAAGCCGCCCAUUAUAUCAGAGCCCAGGUCUGCAGGGACUCAGGUGCUGGUUUUGGGCCUGGACGGGGCCGGAAAGACCAGUUUACUUCACUGUUUUGCCACGGGCAGCCUGGAACAGGACACGAGUCCGACUCAGGGCUUCAACGCAGUCUCCAUAAACAAGGAAGCGCUUCAGAUCGAGUUUCUAGAGAUUGGAGGCUCAGAGAAGCUGCGUGAUUACUGGCUCAUGUACCUGUGUAAAGCACGUGUGAUGGUGUAUGUGGUGGACUCGACUGACGCCGACCGAUUCCCUCUGGCUAAACGUCUCUUACAUCAGCUCCUGUCUUCUGACCCCUGCCUGCCCUUGGUGCUGCUCGCCAACAAACAGGACGUACCCGGAGCUCGAGGCAUCACAGAUCUUUACGAGGCGCUGGAUUUGGGUAAAGUUGGCGACGGGCACCGUCUCAGCGUCGUCGGUACUCAAGUGAAGAAGGGAAAGUCCGCGGCCAACGCCGGAGUACGAGAUGCCCAUGACCUCAUCAUAGAGAUGAUGUCAAAUAAUUGACUCACUUUCAUUUGCUGAGACUCAGGAGUGUCUUUAAAGAAGUCUUCCUUUGGUUUCCGUGGCACUACUUAACCCCGAAUGUCCCGAAAACGUUCAGGGCUUUGAGAUCACCAAAGAAUGGCAACAAAAGUCCGUGUUUUUGUAGAGUUAAAGGGAUUUAUGUAGUUCUUAUAAAAGAAAGUUAAAUGGGUUAAUGAGAUCAAAUUGUUAUCAUCUCUUUAAUUGAGAUUUUGGGGGAAAAUGAGCAUUUUGGAAAAGAUGCCAAAGAUAAAGAUGUAUAUUAGUUAAUUGCUGCUGCUGUUUUGAUAGUGUAUUAUGAGAUGUAUAAAGACUUAUUUAAGUAUUUGUGUUAUGUAUUUGCUAGAUGAUCUCAUGCUUGUUUAACUUGGCUGUACUGCAAUUAAUUUCCACUUGACAUCAGAUUUGUGGCUUUAAAAUGCCACGUAAAUAUUUGGUGUAUUUUGUCUAUUUUGAUAACUAAUAAAUAUUGAAG